UGUUCGACGCGUAUUUUUAACGGAACAGCACGGCUAGUGAGCUUAUUUUUUAAUAUUGAAUAUUUCUUCAGAAUUUAGACACUUUUGUUUAAGAGAGCAGUUUUUUUGGAGACCUCUAAGCUAUGAACUUGAAGAAUAUCAUAAAAUUAUACGUACUUCCUAAAAUAAAUCGAAUAUAUGGUGAAGAUUGUAUUGAACCUACGAGCUAAUUUAUUGGAUAAUGUUCUGGUUUGGUGUAGUGGACUAUGUUGGGUAACAUGUUGCGGCGGGGGGUGGUGAUAGAGCGAGCGGUUACCCGACAGUCGAAUUGACACAGUGCUCACGAGAUCGCGCACGAACGUUGCACUGGACGACCGAUUUUCGCGUUUUGUAACAAUUGAAAUUCACUAUUUCGACGGGACUGUAACGUGUUUCAACUGAAAGUUUUCAUUAUAAAAAAAGGAGGCUACAUAAAUAAGCAUAUCUGGAAGUAUCGGCUGGAUCGAUUUAAAAAGUAAAAAACAAACAUCGUCGACUGAAUAAGACAACCAGCUUUAAAAAUCGGGGAGCUCUUAGUCACUUUGACAUCUUAAUCAAUACAGCUAACGAUUGUUGUCGAUAAAGACUUAAAUUUAAAUGUGACGGAACACUGUGUGUUGAAGUAUUAUUUGAGUGAGGACAAGAUGCGUGUCCGUUGGUGGCGAGUAGUAGUUUUGUGCGCGUGCACACUUGUCUUGCGAAGUGAUGCGCUGCCACCGGCAACACUGGGCGACGUCGUUGCUAAUGCAGCCACAAGUCUCAACUCCAUGAAGAUCACAGGCGCGUGGCGGCGAUUAUCAAGUACAGUGAGUGAGAGUGUUGGCCUGAAAGCCGCGUUACGCAGAUUACAGGCGGUGCCGGCGCGCGCGGCGCGGUUAGUGCACGCGCUGGUGGACCGCAUGCGGGUUGGCGGAGGGCCUAUAGUGUUCACUCAACUCGGUGCUCUGCGCGGCCGCAAGCUCGCCACCAGGACUGUUGAACAGUCCUCUUAUUAUAGCUUUAAGGGCAUCAGAUAUGCGCAGCCGCCACGUGGAUCUUUACGGUUUCGGGCGCCUGUACCAUUGGAGCCGUGGUCGGGUGUGCGGGAUGCCUUGGAGGAAGGUGCUGUCUGUCCUCAUAGGUUUAUGCUCUUCGACACAUAUAAAGGAGACGAGGACUGCCUGUUCUUGAACGUUUAUUCACCCGCGCUGCCUGACAAACUCUCUGGGUACAACCCAAAAUUGGCUGUCAUGGUGUGGAUCCACGGUGGUGCCUUCGCUGUGGGGUCCGGCAAUGCGUUCCUAUACGGACCAGAUCACCUGGUGGGUGCUGGAGUGGUACUAGUCACGCUCAACUAUAGGCUCGGCGCACUUGGCUUCCUCAGUCUUGAAAGUGACGAAGUACCAGGGAAUAUGGGUCUCAAAAGAGUGGAUCUGAAAGAUAGCGUCGGUGUAAAAAUGAACAAACAUUUGUUCAACGCAAAAGUGGAAGGAACAAAAGCCUCGAAAGGCCAAGACACCUUCCACGAUGAAAUCGAUCACCUGCUGCUGAUCUCACACGCUAUAAAGCCGUAUGAGAAGAAAAUAAAGGCGAAAUGUGUGCGUGAGGACCAAGUGAUGGCGCUGAAAUGGGUACGUGACAACAUCGAAGCAUUCGGUGGCGAUCCCAAGAGGGUCACUAUUUUCGGAGAGUCAGCUGGCGCGGCUUCGGUACACCUGCAUAUGCUGUCAAAAGCUUCUGAGGGUUUGUUCCACAACGCAAUAGCGCAGAGUGGUCUCGCUCUAUCCCCCUGGGCGCUCGCUACCAACCCUCUGGAGCGGGCCUUCGAGUUGGGUCGCGAGUUGGGCAUCGAUACCAACAAUACCGCCGAGUUGUUAGGCUACCUCCGCGCGACUCCAAGCGAGCUGAUAGUGAAAGCAGGUGCACGCAUAUCAGGAGCACCGGGUAAAAGUGCCGAUUUACGGAGUACAGUGGCACUGCCGUUCCUGCCUGCAGUAGAGCCUGACCACCCCGAUGCAUUCCUUACUGCCGCCCCCCGGGAUAGCUUGCCGGGUGCCGAUGUUCCACUACUUACCGGCUACAAUGCGCAAGAAGGCAUCAUCCUCUUCCGACGCUUGCAACGUGACCCCAAGCUACUUAGUGAGUUAGACCGCGAGUUCAGACGCGUAGUGCCACCGGAACUGUUGUCGGACGACGAGGAACAAACCAGGAAUAUCACAGAAGCCAUCAGGACUUUUUACUUCCAAAACAGACCAAUUGAUGCACGCAACAUUAACAAUCUCAUUGAUUUAUUCACAGAUGUUAUGUUCCUGCGACCAAUACUGGAAACUUUACGACUCCAAGCAGUGACAAACAGGACCAGUCCCACGUAUUUGUAUCGGUUCGCUUUCGAUGGAGCCUUAGGGCUUUUCAAACGGAUGCUAGGUAUCACCCACCCUGGUGCUUGUCACGGUGACGAGAUGGGAUACCUGUUUUACUUCUCGAGACUGAACUAUAGACUGGAUGAUGAUUCCACAGAACUCGCUGUUUCUAGGCGCAUGGUACAAAUGUGGACUAACUUUGCCAAAACUGGGAAUCCAACGCCACCUGUAGAAUACGAGUCAGUUAUAGACUUCAAAUGGCAGCCGGUCAACAACACGCGGCAAAUGGACUACCUCAACAUCGACGGCAACUUCACAUUGCUCUCCGGGCCGGAGGCGAAGCGGGUCCGAUUCUGGGACUGGCUCUAUGAGAACUACGCCCAAGCACCGUGAACUAUAGAACUGAGAGUUGUGUUCACUAUAUCAUAGGUACAAAGACUAGUGAAACCAAGUGAAGUGCGACGAAAAUGAAUUGGAUUUCUAAAGUUUAGAAUUGUUUAUGAAUCCUAAUGAUGAUGCCGCUCUUUUGUUGUCAUUCACUUGAAAAUACACAAAUCGGUAAUUUCAAGCCAAUUAGGAAAACUUUUUAUUACUAUAUAAUGCCGUAUUUCAAAUGUCUUGCUGAAAUCUAUUUGUAAAACUAAUAUUGGGCUGAUUUUUCUACAUAUCGGUUUGUUAUUAUUCAACACAAAUUUCAUGCAAAAUACGAUUUUAUACCUUUUUGGGUUUUAUUUGACUUGGAACUUUCAAAAUAUGGUCUUGAUCUCAAUGACAAUGACAAAGAGCGUUUCAUGGUUAGCGUUGUCGUAACAAGUGACGUAAAAGUGACUUACUCCAUUUCUUUCAACCAGAAGUGGAAGCUGGAGUCAUCACGUGAGUCAGUCAUGUGGUCACCAGGAAUGGAUAAGUUAAAUAGAACAAUUGUAAAUAUUAGUUUUGUAUGUUAACAUAAAUUUACAGUGUUAUUAAUCAACAAGGUUCGGCGUUAAAUUUACGCUGAGACUGAACUUAGUAUUAAUCAAAAUUCAUAUUAUUAAACUAAGACUUAGCAAAGGUGAACCUGGUACGAGUUACUACGGGAGUAAUAUUUACUCCUAGAAGGUCUUCGGUUUGCUUAUUUUCGGGAGUAUAUGAAUUUGGACUAA